AUGCUUUUUCUGGACAAUGAAAGCUAUUUCCCGUCGCUUUGUUUGGAGUCCAGCGCCCCCUUCUCCGUAGCUCUGCGGCUCGCUCACAUAGAGACUCAGGCUCAGAUCGCCCUUCGGCAGCUCACUGCUCUCGCCGCUGCGACCUUUGCCUCCAGCAGACUCAUUGCUGCGUUCGCUCCUCAGCGAGCCGUUCUGACUCUGAGCACGGACUCAAAUCACAAACGUAUCAGAGACACACUGGUCAUGUACCACCACCACCACCAUCAACAGCAGCAGCAGCAGGGGGCGCAGGCCUUCUCCAGCGCACCCCGGCCUCCGAACCAGUCUCCGGUGCGGCCCCAGGGGGACAUGAUGCCUCCUGCCGGGACGUAUCAGUUCCCCCGCCCCACGCAGCUGCCGGCCGAGCUCGAGUCCGCUCUGUCCAUCCGUGGCUCUCGCGACAUGGACCAUCGUCUCAUUGAGCACCUGGAGCGACUGAAGCACCACCAGAACCAGGCAGCUGCCCGCGGACUCAACCAACACGGAAACUACAGCACCAACCUGUGCGACACGCAGCCCAAACAGAACAUGGACUGGUCCAACUACGAGCCACCGUCCAAGAUGUUCGCACCGAUGAGCGGCGGUCACGGUGCAGGUUUACCAAACUGGAACGCUCCCAUGGGAGAGGCGCCGCCGCCCAGAGCAGAGGGCAGUCGCAGCUUCUACACACCAGAGAGCGCAGGGACCAUUCUGGCCAGUUUUGGACUUUCUAACGAGGAUCUGGAGGCGCUCAGUCAUUACCCGGACGACCAGCUCACUCCGGACACUCUGCCCUUCAUCCUGAGGGACUUACAGGUCCAUAAGAAACACACGUCCUCGCGCUCGCCGGAGGUGCCCAGCCUCCUCACUGUCACUCAGACCGAGGGCAGAGUCAUUGACUAUGGCCACGCCAGUCAGGCCAAGGAUGAGAAUGGGCCCCCGAAAACAUACAAGAAAGAGCCCAUCCCAGUGGAGAGGACUGUGAAAAUGUACCCAUCACCUGCUCCCAAACUGGAGGCGCGGCAGGUGCGGCUGCAGCCGCCAGAGUCCAUCAAACACGGAGACAGAGACUAUCGGCGCCGCAGCAGCGAGCACCACUCCAGCCGCUCGCCGCCGCCUCGAGACUUUUCCACCGCCGCGAAACCUCGGCACGAAGACCGCGACUACAGAAUGGAGCAGCCCAAGCCGAGAGCCUCAGCCGAGAAGAGGAGCGCAGAGACGAUGGUGUCCAAACCUUCGCCUUCGCCGCGACAGAAGCAGCCUUUCCUCAGAGAAAAGCAGCUUCCCCCCAGAGCGAAGCCUCCUCCCAGAGCCAAACCUCAGAACUUCAGAGAGAAGGCACCGGCCAACAAGAAGCUGCCCACGCCCACCAUGAUGAGCGAUUUCUCUGGGGUUCUUCCCAAGGUCUACCCUCACACCUGCUCCUUGUGCGACAUGAGGUGUGAUCAGGAAAAGGAAUGGGUUGGACACUUGGGGACAGUGAUCCACACGGCGGCCUGCAGAGACCUGCGCACCAAGUAUCCCCAUUGGAAGCCAAAACUGCCAAGCCGCGAGUAUGGGACGCCUCACGCACACUCUCGCUCCGACUCCUGGUCUCCCCCGCAUCCCUCCGACAAACGUGAGGGAUCCUCCUACAAGCCGCAGGGGAAAGCCCACGCUCACCAUGUGACCAAGCAGCAGAACUACCACACCAAAGAUGUGGAUGCCAGGUUUGAACAUCCUCCUCCUCGCCGUGCGGGACCCGUGCGGCGGCCCGGGGUCAAAGGUUACCUGGACAAGAAGCACUCAGACGGUGCAUCCCGUGCUCCUCUAAAACGACCUCAUCCUGACUCCAAGAGAAGCACAAACUUUAGAGGGGACGUUCCCAAGAAGACUGCGCUGAAACAAACAAAGACCGCGGUGAAGCCAAACCAGACCAACCAGGCAAACGUGAAGAAUUCGGCGCCGGCUCAUGGUCCGGAGUGUCUGGUCUACCUGACGGAGAUCCCCAGAGAGGCCACGGAGCAGGAGGUCACCAACCUGGCCGGAUCCUUCGGUCCAAUCAACAAUGUCCUGAUGAUGCCCCCUGCUGACGAGGAGGAGGAGGACCACGGACAGCAGGCCUCCGUGUGCAUGAUGAAGGCCGAGGACGCUCAGACUUUUGCCAACGCCCCAAACCUGUUGAUCAGAAACCGAGUCGUCACGGCAAUGGUCGCUCAGAAUCUGGAGAAGUCAGACGCCGACAGUUCAGUGCGGCCGGAUCAACUCGGGGCUGGGGAUCUGAAAACUAAAAAUAAGGGCGUGGUGUUGAUCGAUAACCUGCCCAUAAACGGUUGGACCGAAGACCAGCUCAGAGCUCUGGCCGAACCGUUUGGUUACCCCGACGACGUCAUCGUGGCCCAACAGAUCGGAAAGGCUCUGCUGAUCAUGCCAGACCUGGAGACGGCUCAGGAGAUGGUGAAGGUUCUGUCCUUCAGCUCGGCGUCCAUCAACGGACAGAACGUGACCGUGAAGAACGUGCAGCGGAACAUUGGACUCCAUACGCCCGCGGCAUUGUACAAUCUCCUGAUGUACGGAGUGGAUACUAUGUCCUGUGUCCCGCUGGUGUCGUGGGGGAAGUUGAUGGUCGUGUCCAAUGUCCCUCCGUCCAGCGCCUCCGUCGUCCACAAACUCGUCAGCCGCAUUGGGACCGUGUGCAAGAGCCUCGUCCUCAACAACAAUGUGGUGAUCUUUGAGAUGGCCACAGCUCCUCUGUCCUUCGCAGCCUUCAGACAUUAUCUGAGGUUUCCCUGCAUGAUCCAGAACAACCCACUGGUCUUCUCCCGCCGACGAGAUCACAAAAGCUCCACCAACGUCAUCCCGGCUUUUCUCGACGCAGACAAAGACGUCCCUGAAGAUAAGGAGGCUCCAACAACCUCAGCAGAAGCCAAACAAGCAGAGACUAGUGACAAUUCGAAGACAACGACAGAGACCGAAGAUGUGGAAAUGAACUGCGAUCAGACCGAGGAGACUGUCGCGGCCGAAAAGGAGAUUCCAGACGCCGUUGUCAAAGAAGAACCCAUGGAGACUGAGGCAAAUGAGACGUUAGCUGUAGCAGAGAUAGCAGCCAAAGCAGAGGUAGAUGCUAAAGUUGAGGUAGCGGCUAAAGCUGAGGUAGAAGAGAUGGCGGCUAAAGCAGAGAAGGAGGAGCCUGUGGUAAAGGACCGAACCAUUGAUGAAGGUGGAGUCGAGGUUAUAACCGUAGAAGCAAAGACUGAUCCACCCACUCAACCAGCCGCUGUCGCCCAAGACGCUAGCGCAGGAGGAAAAGCCCCAAAGACCGUCUCCGCCGACAAAGUGACUCCAGUAAAAGCACAGAAACCGUCCGCUCCGUCGUCUCAGAAAGGAAGAUCUCGUGAGAAAAGCAAAGACCCGUCUCAGAAAGGAAGAUCUCGAGAGAAAAGCAAAGACCCGUCUCAGAAAGGAAGAUCUCGUGAGAAAAGCAAAGACCCGUCUCAGAAAGGAAGAUCUCGAGAGAAAAGCAAAGACCCUACUAACAGCAGGGAAGACGACCGCCGCAGAUCUGAACGCGAAAGAACUAGCCAGAGGAGGACCAAGGAGUCCGACCGAGACCGUAUCCGGAAAGACGACCACGACGACAGAAGGAAACGAGACCACGAAAGGGACCGGGACCGAGACCACGACAGAGACCGGGACCACGUGAAGGACCGACACCAUGGGGGUCGGAGAGGAUGCUACCGGAGCGAGGAGUCCAGGAAGGAGUGGAGGCGCGAGUGGGCCCGGAGGGAGGGGCAGAAGAAGCCUUUUGUAGACGGUGGCAACGACGACGGCCGGAACAGACGAUCCCAGAGAGAGAGGGAGGACCGGCUCAAGGACAGCAGAGAGGAGGAGGACUUCCCUUUUGACCUGAGCGAUUUUGUGACGGUGGACGAAGUUGGCGACAUUGACCUUGGACCUGAAGCAGAACUAGAGGAACUGAGAGAGGAGGCUCCGGAGACAGAGAAGAUCCAGGACGCAGAGGCACCAGAGCAGACGGAGACCAUAGAAGACACCCCGGAGCAGCAGGAGGAAACCAUAGAUGCAGCUGUUUUAAAUGACGUGAAGGAGCAGGACCCGAGCGGUGACAUCACAGCAGUGGCGAGCGGUGACAUCACAGCAGUGGCGAGCGGUGACAUCACAGAGGACCCGUGUGCGUCUGCUUCGGAGGAAAACAUGGAAAUGGAGCCGCAGGUCUCGGCUACAGUCUCAGUGAAGGAGGAAGUGACCAAAGCACCAGAAAACACAGAGACUACGACUAGUGCGCCACCUGCUGCUGAAAUUGUCAAAUCAGAAAAUGGUGAAGAAGCCCCGAUGGAAGAUUCUCCUCGUGACAAAAGCCUUCCCCCGUUUAACGGCAACAGCUCCGUGGGUUUGGAGUUCCUGGUGCCGAUGACUGGUUUCUUCUGUAAAGUCUGCACUCGAUUCUUCACCGGAGCCAAAGAGGCGCAGAUCAGCCACAGCAGAACCUUAAAGCAUUACGAGAACUUAGAGAGAUUCUUGAAGUCCUCGAGCUCUGCUGAAGGCGGCUCGUCCUGA